CCCGUAAUUUUCGAGAACAAGAAUAAAAAAUUUGUUGACAAUAAAUUCAAGAUAUAAUUGUUCAUUUCCUGGUAACCAUUAUGUUAUAAAUCGCUGAUAUUGUAAUUAAGAAUGAAUAGCCUUGACGUGUUUCAGUUAGUGAUAGGCUUUGUUUUUGUAAUCACUCAGGUGGAAGGAAAGCACUGUUGGUAUUCGAGUAGCAAUGGGAAAGAGAACUUCAAUUUUAGAUGCAGCGCCUACCAGUACUGUUGUGGUAACAACUGCUGUGAGAGCUUUGCAGGAUUUUACAGACUUUGGUAUUUCUGGUUAUGUGUGCUAUUGAUGCUGAUGUUCUGUAGUGGCAGUGGAUACUGGUUCAAGAGACGCUAUUACCAAAGAGUGUUGGUGACCAAUGGUCAACCCCCAUCUGGCCCUGUCAGCACAGCCACCACCAAUACAUACAAUCAACCAAGUCUGGCAUACCCAAACAUGUUUAUGUCCCAAGCCUGCAGAGGAGUGCCAGUCCCUCCCCCUCACUAUUCCACCAUGGCCCCCACCCACUUAGGUGCUGCAGGCCCCCCUGCCUAUGGCCAGAAUGGAGGAGCCUACACUAACCCACCAUAUGGACCCCCUCCCGCCUAUGAUACUCUGGCUAAACAACAGAUGGCAUUCGAGGAACAUUCUCAGGCCCAUGGUCAACAAUAACACUCGAGAGUAAAAUAUUUUGGGUAUUAUAUUUGAUAGCCUUGACAUAGAGAGAGGAACUUGCAUCGAAGAAUCAUCUGAGAUGCAAUAUUUUAUUACCAUAGUAUUUCAGAGAAGACUUCUGAACACCCUGUAUAUUGACCACCUACAGGUCUCCAGCUAUUAGAGCAGACCUAACUUUGAAUGUUAAUUUAUUUCUUUGCCAUUGUGAACCAUGGACCUAUAGUGCAAUACUAAUUUGUAUUUAAAGACUUGAUUGUGCAAUACAUGGUAUUUAGCGUUCAUACCAUUGAAAGAAUUGGAAUACCCUUGGACCAAGCAUGUGUUUACACAGACAUGUUAACUUAUUUUUGAAAUAUUUGAAAAUCAUUGCUUAAAUUAAAGAUCACAAAUAUAUGUCACCACCAGAAACAGUAUUGUUCUAGUCUCCAACUUUU